UAUUUAGCCGCACUCCUCCUUUUGCUCUUUUUUUUCUUUUAAUUAUAUUUUGCAAUCUCUAAAGUUUUCGUUACUUUUUAACAAUGGCUGGUAAAGAAGAACGUGUUGAGAUCAUUGCUAAUGGUCAGGGUAACAUAACAACUCCGUCCUACGUUACGGACAACGAGCGUUUGAUAGGUGACGACGCCAAGAAUCAGGUGGCCAUGAACCCGAUUAAUGCUGCUUUGGAUGCCAAGAGGUUGCUCGGUCCUAGAUUCAACGACAGAUCUGACUGGCCUUCAGAUUUUGAAGCAAAACCCGCAACACGUGUCUUCUGGGAUGUCAACGAGUUUCCUGUACCUCUUGAUAUGCCUCCUAAGAAUGUGUAUGAGAAGAUCAAAACCUGUCUUGUUGCAAAUGAUUGUUACACCGAUGACUUGACAAUCUGGGCUUAUGUUAAAAAGCAACACUUAUCUGAUCAUUUGGUGCGAGAAUAUAAGGAAAAUGGAAUCACCUUCCUUGACGAAGUUUCAGAUGAUCAUAGGAGGUCUAACUGGAUGGUGAUGGACAUUCUUUUAUGGACAGUGGACAAACCUUAUAUCAAUCCAAAGGAAAUAACGGUGAUAGUACUCUCACUCCGUAUCUCAAAACUUACCGAGUUAGUCCAACCAUUAGACAGUUUAUAUAUCAGAGGUUACAAUGUUCUCCUAGCCGCUCCUCACUAUCUCCCUCCUAGGUUUGAACUUGCUACCUCUAAAAGCUCAGAAUGGCUUGCAAAAGCUCUGGAAAGUUGAAAAAAAAAAUCACUAUCUACCGAGCCCGACGCCCACCGUAUUCUGAUGAUUCUGAUUCCCACAAGAAAGUUUAAUCUUAUCAUCUCCUGUUGUUUUUUUUUUCUGCCAAAAAAUACAAUGCCUUAUUUGUAACAAUAAAAUAAAGCUUUUAAUGAGCGUUGUCCCUGGUCUGUUGUCAGGAUAUCGUUUACUC